CCUAAAUUCUCAAUAAUGGCGCUCUUGCUGCGCCUUGUCCCAGGGCGAUCGCGAUCGAUCGCGAGGUCUCUCCGGCCUCAUCGAUUCCUCGCGUCUCUGGCUCAUGGCGAUGAUGCCGCGGCCGAGGGCAUGGCGGCGCAGAUUCUCGACUACGCGGCGGCGGCGAGGAAGAAAGGAGGCGCCGGGUAUUUGGAUGCAAUGCAGGUUCUAGAGCAUGGCGUGAGCUUUGUGAAGAAUUCCGGGCCCUCGGCUGCCAAUGCGCUGUGUAAGAUCCAGUUCGCGAUAGCGGACUUCCACGCUGAUCAAGGGAAAGUCUCGGACGCUACUGAGGUAUUACAUGGUGUUUCGAGCAAUGAGUCGGCUGGAUUGGAGGUGCGGGUUUCUGCUCUGGAAGCUUUGGUAGGACUCUACUUGCAAAUACACGAGGAUGAAUUGGCGUCCGCUCAAUUGCAAACUAUAUCAGAGCUUGCUACUCCGGAAUCUGAUAUUGGACCUCGAUCGCAAGCAUUAGCCGGACUCGUCAAACUAUCUGGAGGACAGUUUGAUGCUGCAGCGGCUUCGUGUUUUGAGGCAUUUCCACCUGAUACAAAGCAAGGAGCUGCCAUCCUUUCUCGAGCUGAAGUUGCCCACGUAAGAGGCGAUGACAAGGAAGCUAAAAACUUUUACGAAAGCGCUGCUGCCCUUGCAAAAAACGAAACCGACAAAAGCAAAGGAGCCACAAUGACCUCUACCGAAGUUCAUUCAGCAGCUCUAGCAGGUUUAGGACAGCUUUCAGCUGACCUUGGAUGCUUUGAUGAAGCAGAGAAAUUUUUGACAGAAGGUCUUCAAGUCGCUGAAAGCAUUAGUGGUGAGACGCACGCACGAGUUGGACUUGUGUUAUCUUGCAUGGCAGAUCUCUACAGUAGACGAGCGAAGGCCGAGAAUAGCGGGUUCAUGAUAGCAGAGGGCCUUUAUCGCAGAUCUUUGAACUUGUUGAAAGCUCCCCCGCUGGAAAAAGAAGCAAAGGACAAACUUCAAUAUCUGGACGCCAUUGCAAUCACAAGAGCUAGAUAUGCCGAUAUCCUGUCUAGCGUGGAGCAGCGAGCAAGCGAAGCUGAAAGACUAAAAUCCUGGGCUACUGCAGCGUGGAGAAACCAGCGUUCUCUCUCUGAUGUACUAAAAGCCGCAGCGAGAGACAACGGAUCAAAGCUCCAUUCCGUGAUCGACGUGCGGCUUGGUAGAGUUUUUUAAGACGAUCACAGGUUAAAUAAUCUUUGCAGUUCUGGGUGGUUUUAACGUCCUCUACUUCGAAUAGAUACAGGGAUCGAUCCUUGUAGAGUGCCUCUUAUCGGCACAUCCA